UCUUGACGAGAUGGAAGCGGCUAAGCCGGAGGGCAAGGAGCGCCGGCGACUAGCCGAGACAUUUGCAGCCUUCGCUGACAAGGCCAAAGUGGGGGACAGGUACUUCUUGGGAACGCACGACCAGCACCAGGCGCUGGCGAACGCCUUGCACCCCGUCGAAAACCUGACCCUCAAGGAGCGCUACGCCAUCUCCAUGGCCCCCAUCAACGGCAGGCAAGCGAAGCCCAAACGCCUUCCGGUGUUUAUCAACAUGCAACUCCCUCCUAAGGGGACUCUGCCGAAGUCGAUGACCGAGUUCCAGACCCUGUGCUCGAAGCACAAUGUGUUGGACUUGUACCGGUGGAUGGGGGUCCGCUUUCCGUCGAUCGAGUGCUUCACCGAGAAGAGCGUAGCGGAGAUGUGA